UUUAUAUUGUUCAACUGCAAAUGAGGAGCAUCCCUCACCCUGCACCCCACCCGGUGUCACUGUACUAGCAAUGUCGUCAGCACAUGACACACACUCUUGAUCAAGACCUUCAGGGCAGUUUCAUCCACAUUGUAGCUGACACUACUCAGCUGCAGACAUGAACAACCAAGGCGUGACUUAUGCGGAACUCCAUCAUGCUAAGGGCUCAAAAAGACAGCAAGUGCAACCUAAGGGCACGAAGUGUUCCAUUUCAGUAACUGAGGAGGAGAUAGCCUAUGCAGAAUUAAAUCUUCAAAAUGCUUCUCGGGCCCUUCAAGGGAAUGGCAAGAGCUCUCCCUGCAAAGAUUUAUCAUCAUGUCCAGAGAAGCUCAUUGCUGGGAUCCUGGGAAUCAUCUGUCUCGUCUUGAUGUCCACUGUGGUAAUACUAGCUGUUAAUCCCGGUACUGACACACCAGAGCAGAAUAAUUCUUCCCCGGAAACAAGGAUCCAGAAAGCACAUCACUGUGGUCGUUGUCCAGAAGAGUGGGUUACGUAUUGCAACAAUUGCUAUUACAUCAGCACUGAAAAAAAACCGUGGAAUGAGAGUUUGAUGUCCUGUGCUUCUAAAAACUCUAACCUGCUCUCUGUAGAUAAUGAAGAGGAUGUGCUUCUUGAGAGGGAAACUACUCAGAUCAUGCAUUUUAUAGAAUUCUUCUUUUUGAAUAUAGGUGACAAAGUUUUUGUUGCCUGUGGUUUCGGUAUCCAAGAAACCAUCGUCUACACCAAUGUCAAGGCUUCAAGAAUUCCCUUUAGCAUUUCAGUUAGACAUAUCAAAUACUUAAAACUGGUUCUGACACAUGGUGGUCUAGAGACCACCACGAGAGUCAUGGUGCUGCUGUCCUCUGCCAUCCGGGGCAAGCUGAACCAUUGA